AAAGAUGGGCGGAUUAUUAUCGCGUCCUUCUCGUACAACUGAAGAGAUAGCAGCUGAAAAACGCAAGGAAAGAGGGAAUUUAGACAACUUUAGACCUAAUGAUAAAUACUCUCGAGAGAAUGAAGAACACCGACAGAGAAAGAAAGAUGAAGAGCUUCGGAAACAAAGACAGAUUCAAAUCCAAGAGAGAGAGGAACACCGACGGCGUAUGGAAGCAGGGAGAUUAAACAGGGAAAAACAACGCCGGGAGAUAGAACAAAAUAAACAAAAACAACAGGAAACAGUGACACCGACAACAACAACACGCAGGCAAGACGAAGAUGCUGAAAGAACAAAGGUCAUUGUGCCAGAGCAGCUGAGACGGGACAUUGUGUCACCCAGCAGUGAUCAGCAGAGAACUGAAAACGAUCAACAAGGGGGCGCUACUAAAACGCGUCCACGCGACAGAGGUGUUCCUGAAACAAGAAACACCCCCAGCCCUCACCUAUCUCCAUCAGAUGAGACACCUACUACCAGUGUUCAUCCAGACAGAAAAGAAAACUUGGGUACACCGCCAACUCCACAAGACCACACAUCUGUACAAAGGUUGGAGGAACCUGAUAAACAAAAGAGACAAGGGUCCAGUUCGCAUUCUACUCUUACACCUGAACAAAUAGUUAAAAAGAGUGAGGAAAGAGGGAAUUUACACAUUAUAGAACACCAACAGGAAAUAAGAGAUGAAGCGCUUGUCAAUGAGGAUCAACAACAGAUUUCAAAGGAAAAAAAGCGCAAGGCGAAGGUACACAAAAGAGGAGACCAGAGAGAGGCACAUCACGAGCAAGACGACAUGUCUCAAGGAGUAAUGGAAGAUGAGGACAUUGUGCCACAACAGCAGACACAGGACAUUGUGUCACCCAGCAGACACCAACAGAGGACCGAAAUCGAUAAACACAAAAAAGGCCACCCCCGGGAACCUCACAGCAAUCCAGUCCAAAGGGACCCUAAGAAAAAGUUUCCACGCAAUAAAGGUGCUCUUAAACCCAAUAAAGGCCACGCUCAUCACCUAUCUCCACCAGUGAAAGGAGUACCUACUCCCAGUUUUUAUCCAAACAAAGACGAGCAGCUGAGUACACCUUCAUCUUCUGAUCAAAAAGACCACUCAUCUGUACAAAGGUCGGUGGAAUCUGAUCAACAAAAGUAGGACUGUGGACAGUGUAUAUCUGUGACAAUUCAUAUUCUACAUAGAAAAUCAAAUGUACUCUCUAUAAUUGCAACUAAAUGAAGCUCCUUCUGGGGGACUUCCUCAAAGAGCUGUCACACAACAAGGUCUUCGGUUUUGUCAUCACAAGUUAAAUUCACAUUAUCUAAGGAUAAGUCACCAUUCAUGUUACAUGUUACACAUGUACACUCUGCAUAUAAUUAAACGAACAUAUACGUACCAUUGUACCAACUGAACCAUCUUAUUGUACAUAAUUUUAAUAUCUUUUUUUUGUUGUCAUUUUUAACAUAACCCUCAGAUCAGAUCACACCAUUAAAACAAUUACACAGAUACACAAUACCUGAGUAUGUUUUUAACAUUUAUUUUAAAUCUUAUAUAUAGCACAAUAUUAUCGUAAUCUCAUUUGUAUUCAAUUCAGAUUUUCUCUCAGUGAGACAAUGAAGUGGAUUUUUCUUAAUUAGCAGUGUAAUUAUAAUCUACUAUAGCACAAUUCUGUAAUCAUAAUAACUGACCAAAUAUUGUCAUCAUCAGCCUGUGGCAAGAUUUCAAACAUUAAAUUACAAUGGAAUUACCAUACUUUGUUUUAUAUACCGCAACAAGUAAGGCCCUAAAUGUGAUACAUCGGUACUUAAAAAACAAACUUCGUACAUGUAAUUCAUUCUAUAAUCAUUUCUUUUUACGUCAUGAGACAUAAAAUCAUAACGAACUUUAAAGAAGACCUAAUUGUUACUGUAUGCACUAUUGAAAAUGGAGUGACAAGAAUUGGUCUUUAUUUUUUGGUAUACGUGACGUUUCCCAAUAACACAUAAUUUUUCAUGACAUUUCACAAAUUCUAUCUUAUUUCUAGAAAGAAAAAAACCUUCAGGGUGUAUUACCAGGUUUGUUUAAGAGUUCAGAUACUGUGACAGUUCCUGAUUGUGGCAGAAGGUUGUUUAUACGGAUAUUGUACCAAAGAAGAAGAGAUUUAUUAUUUGGGGAUUGAACCGAGUACCCUUGGGUAAUCCAACCACUGAGCUACCCAGGCUGACAUACAGAGACAUACAUGUAUAUAACAAUAUUAGUACAAUAUAAAUUGAAACUUAUUUGGGAAAUCAUACCUGCAUGAACUCAUCAUAUAGAGAUGAAAAUGCAAUUUAUAAAGAAAAAAAGUCAUAAACUUCGCAUAUGACCUUCUGACAAUACUAGAAAUUAUUACAUGAAUAGAAAACUGAUAUGCCUAUAUCAAUGAUUCACACAUUCUUGCCAUAUUGAAAAUCAAUUUUUAUUUGAGAUUAUUUCCUUGGUAAUUUUCAAGGUUGCUCUGAUUCUAAAGUAUUUUUUUUUUUUUUUUUUUGCAAAUAAUUUUGUAACGUUGUACACUGAUAAUGAUGAACAUAUUCAAUGUGCACAAAAAUUGUGCCUUGUUGCUAAAUCUGAUGAUGCAUGCAUGAUCACAAAAUUUACAGAUAUACCGAAUUAUGGGGUUUUGGGAGGGGGCUUAUUUUAGAGGUUUGGUAUCAUGCCACUAAAUUUUUAACAGCUAACUUUGCAUCCAAAUGUGUCUGCAAUCAUGGUACAUAUUUUCUCAAGAAAGAUAACUCUGUCUAGCAAUUGGUACAUGUAACACUCUUCAGCUUGGGAGGUAAAUAAACUACUGCCAAGUAAUGGCCAGAAUAAACUGUCAGAUUGAUUAUUCAGCCUUAUGUUAUUUUAACGUCAGCUGUUUCUGAUGACAGUAAAAUGUUUUACUGACUUAUUAACGCUUUUUAACGUUUUACCGAUUUACUAACGCUUUUCAACGUUUUACUGAUUUAUUAACGCUUUUUAAAGGUUUGGAACUCUGUGUCUGCUAUCAAAAUAUAUUCCGCUAAAGUAUAUAUAUAUUUUUAUACAUGUACCUAUGACCUAGAAAAUUGCCAAAGUUCACAACCACAGAAAAAACCCACUAUAAUGUAUAUGACUGGCAAUAUGUGCAAAGUAAAUGCUAUUACAUAUGUUUUAACACAAUCUUUAUAAUACAUUUCAAAUAUAUGAAAAAAGAAAUCUUUAAAUUCAUUCUCUGCAUCAGUAAUCAUAUACACUGUACAACAUACUUAUUAGGUCUAUAAAA